AUGCCAGGAAUCCUGCCAGAGCCCGAGGGACCCUCUCCCAAGGUCUACGUCACAUCUGGAUCUCUCCCACCGUAUAUCUCACCUUCGGAAGCCCCCGCGAAAAGGGCUCCAUGGCGGACUGUUCGCAAUGUCGAAUUCGUCCAAACAGUCACGGCAACCUUACCAGAAGAGCUAUAUGAUGUCAUAUGGCGCGAGGUUGACGAUUCCAUAGCCAAUGCCGAGUAUGCAAAAGUCAUCAUGAAACUCGAGGAUGUGCUCCAAGGAGAUUUUUUCAACGAGUACAUUAAGAUAGGAAAUAUUCUCAUGCUAUCUGAAGGGCAGCCUGGAGUGGAUGAGGUUUUUUCCCUGAGACAAGGGGUACUACGCUUGGACUUGUCUCAAGAAGUUUACAAGCGUGCCGGUCUCCAAGGAGUUCCAAUACGAUCCGGAGGUCGCAAGCACGUCAAAUCAAGAUAUGUCGUCGAAUACAACCUGAGACUUCCCUCGAUGCUCCGAGGGAAAAAGGGCUUCGACAAACUCGUGUGGGCCGCGAAGAAUGUGUUGAAUCGGAGCCUCUGUUGGCUUUUUGCGGACUUCAACUUCAAAGAAGGCUCUGAAAGGCUCCAACGACCCAUCAGCGCCCAUCAUCCGACAAUCCAGUCCUUCUCGCCCACGAUACAAACCUUGCGAGGCGUCCGAUUCCCGUCGACGCUCACCACCUCGUUGCCCACGCUUCCAGGAUUAAAACCGGCUGAGGAAACGCAAGAGUCGAUCCAUGACCUUUUCGAGUUCGUAGAUAUGCUCGCACUCGCAUCGCCCCGCGUUCAGACGACGGACAACGUCGACCCGUUCCUAAGCCGCUAUCAGGUUCCCGAUUUGUCAGAAUCGACGACAGACUCCCGCGGCGCAUCCGUCAAAGUGGUAACGUGGACGGGUUUGGUUCCGGCACAGUGGACACUGGAACUGCUAUGUGCGAUCAUAAAACAAUCACGCGUCCAAGACUUGUCACGCCUCGAUCGGGCAUCCAAAUGGCUCGGCCUUUGCGUCACAGCCCACAAAGUUCAGCCCAUGGGUCAGAUUGAAGGAUACACCGUUCUCCUACAACCUGAAGCGGGGACGGAUCAUGCAUUAGGUGCCAACGAGGGUGACGUUCCCGUUGCUGCCUUGUCCCAAACCGACGCCGUUGAUGAUGUACAUAUGAAGGACAGCACCGAUGGCUGUGACACACUUGAAACCAGGCCCCAAGGUCAGCUAGAUGAUGCCACGCAAGGCGAUGUGCAAAUGGUCGAUGACACUUCUACUACCGACAAGGACGCCGUGAGGACACGCCCUGGAUUUCGGAGAUAUAUAUGUGUCGAACACGUCGACAGUCUGACUUGA